AGAGAGGGGGGGGGGGAGGGCCAUCAGUGGAUGGGUUGGGCUAGAGGCUGGACGAGAAAAGUUCCAUAAUGUAUCGCCAAAUUUCAACUCUAACACAGAAUAGCAUGAAAUCUGCGCCUUUAAGCUCUGUUUGCUCUAAUUUCUAUGCAGCAAAAUUUCACUUAUUGAGAUUGUAUCACUCAAUGACCGAAGCUGAAAAACAGUCGAACUAUCGAUUCUCACAAGACGUAGCUAGGCCUAACUGUAUGAUAACAUGCUUAUGCGAAGAGGGGAAGAUUCGUGAAGCGCGCCAACUGUUUGAAGUAAUGCCUGAAAGGGAUGUGAUCUCAUGGACGGCGCUGAUCUCGGGAUACAUGAAGUGUGGUCUGGUCGGAGAAGCGCGGGAGCUUUUCGACAGGGUUGAUGCUGAGAAAAAUGGAGUUACUUGGAAUGCUAUGAUAUCCGGGUACUUGAAAAUGAAGAGAGUUGCCGAGGCAGAGAAGCUUUUCUACGAAAUGCCGGAUAAGAAUGUGGUGGCUUGGAAUACUAUGAUUGAAGGAUAUGUCCGAAGUGGUGAGAUUGACCAGGCAUUGUUGCUGUUUGAGAGGAUGAGAGAGAGGAACAUUCUUUCUUGGAACACGGUGAUCUCGGGGUUGGUGUGCUGCGGAAGGGUGGAGGAGGCGAGGGGGAUCUUCGACCGGAUGUCUGUAAGGAAUGUGAUUUCUUGGAACAUUAUGAUAUCGGGAUUGUCAAGAUAUGGGAAGGUAGAUGAAGCUAGAUUGCUCUUUGACAUGAUGCCUGAGCGUAGUGUUGUAUCUUGGAACACGAUGAUCACUGGUUUUAUGCAAAACGGCAAGCUGGAGAAGGGGAGGAGGUUGUUUGAUGAGAUGCCAGGGAAGAAAGUGGUUUCUUGGACUGCUGUCAUAAGCGGGUACACGCAGCAUGGCAGAAGCGAGGAAGCUUUGAGAAUGUUCUACGAGAUGAAUAGGAGUCUAAGGGUGAGGCCUAAUGAAGGCACAUUUGCGAGAGUUUUGGGAGCUUGUAGUGACUUUGCUGGUCUUGUUGAAGGAUUGCAAUUGCAUCAAGUAAUAAGCAAGACUGUAUACCAAGAGAGUGAGUUUGUGAUCUCAUCACUUAUAAACAUGUAUUCGAAAUGUGGAGUAGUGGCGAUGGCUAGAAAAGUGUUUGAUCACGGGCUUAGGCGCUGCAAAGACUUGGUGUGCUGGAACUCCAUGAUCUCCGCCUAUGCUCACCACAGAUGUGGAAGGGAUGCGAUCAUGGUGUUUGAGGAGAUGCGGAUGAGGGGUUUCAAGCCAAACGAGGUCACCUACGUUGGUUUGCUCUCUGCCUGCAGCUAUGCCGGUUUAGUACAGGAAGGGCUGGAUUACUUUGAAAUGCUUACGAGAAAUAAGUCUACAAAAGUGAGGGAAGAGCAUUACACGUGCAUAGUCGAUCUGUAUGGCCGAGCAGGGAGGGUAAAGGAGGCAUUCAAGCUUAUGAAGAAGCUUGGUUGUAGAGCAUCAUUAAAUAGUUGGUGCACACUUCUGUUGGGAUGAGGCACUUAUGCGCUCGUGUCUAGCUUAUACGCUGCUCGAGGGAGGACAACGAAGGCUGAGAUGGUGAAGCUGAGGAUGAAGCAGGAGGGGCUCAAGAAACAGCCUGGUUGUAGCUGGAUUGAUGUUGGGAACAAGUUUCAUGUUUUUGCUGCUGGGGAUAGAUGUAAUGAGUUUUUAAUCAUUGAUCUUCAUGAGAAAAUGAAGAAUAUGUGUGAUGGUGACAUGCUACUUGGUAGUGAAUGA